GCUAAAGUAACGUCUGGCCGCAUGAGCAGCAGGAAGCGACCUUCGGGUGCGCCGGCGGGGCCUCUGCAGACGCACCAGUCGCUCAGAGCGCAAGCGGAAGCGAAGUACGAACUGCAAGUGGCCGAGCGGCGGCAACUGGAGCAGGACCGCAUGUCAUCGUAUACAGACGACGCCUUCGAGUGCGAAUCGCCACACGCCAUACUGGCCAGCAGUCGCGGGGUGCGACCAGAGCAGCGCAGUGAUCUACAGACGACGUCCCCGUGCCUGGUGGUGGACAAUAUCGGCCGCCUGCGGGUGGAUAGCGUAAGCGACAGCGACGCCCACGACGAAGUAGCGUAUGGGGAAUUGGCUCAGCCGCGACCCGAGAUCAUUCUGCGAUGGAAGCGGUUUGCUGUGCUCGUAGUGCUCACAGCCGCUGUCAUGUCAGCAAUCGCUGCGUGGCUGCGCGAGGGUUUCGUGGUGGAUAAGAGCGUUCCUGUGGGUACUGCUGAUAGCAAAGUGGACACGGUCAACUCGUACAUCGGUCUCAUCAUGGGCUUCAUCGAGUCUAUCGUGGGCCUCGGCGUGGAAGAAAUCUUCCCCGUCUUCAUCGUGUACCUGCACAAUUUAAGAUGGUACCCAGGCGACGACCCGGCGACUAAGAAGCAGAGCAAGUUCAAAAAGUUCGCGCUUACAAUCUUCAUCCCUGCUGUCAUGAUGGCCGUGGGCAGUUCACUUUCGGCUGUGCAGGCCAACCAGAAGGAUGACAACUCAACAAUCAGCAAUAACAACUCAACCACGGCAACAAGAUUUUUGAUGCAGGAUGGAACGGAGCUGGGAGGUGCAGGACUGGGCGACACCAUCUUGAAAUCGGCGUUGGCACGAAAGGUGGAUCCCAUGCAGCCAUUGGAAAUGUCGAGGUGCAGCUCUACAGGAGAAGACCAGUUCGCUACAAAGAUUUUACUAUCUACAACCCCGAAGGCUGUUUUCGGCUUCCCUCUGCGUAAGUGGGGUGUCGAGUUCGGGAAUGGAUGGUCGCGUGAAGAAGCGACGAAGCGCUUCGAGAUCUCUCACCCUGGUGCUGCCGAUCCUGCGAGUGACGCGCAGCUGAGUGAGGUCAUGUCACUAGCCACGGCGUACGAGCUGUGGGUGCAAGGGAAAGCGGUUUUGUCGAAGAGUGUGAGGGCUAGUAGCAACCGUCCAUCUACCACGCCGCCUUCAAACAUGGACGAGUUUCUGGAUGAUGUCAUGAGCUCACUACUUGACAUGGGAUUGCCUUUGGCGGAGAUUGCUACUGUAGACGCUUCCUUCGAGACGCGGACACAGAGCUCUUUAAUGGAUAUCCAUGUCAUGACGUUGUCAUUGCCGCUUCGCAACCCGAGCAACGCCUCGGUCGUUUGUGGCGAAACCAAUUGUGCGCUGCUGGAGACACAACUAAAUCUUAAGCAAAAUCUGCCACGCAAGCAGAUUGGAAUGGCUCAAAUGAACACCUCCAACACGGCAUUCCUAUAUGGUUUUACGACUGUGACUGGCGUUGAAAGUGAGGCCGCUGUAGCGACACGCUCGUUGGUGCUGUCGCUCGGCCGUUUAUCAUGGCGUUUCGAUCAUGCUGCAUACAAGUGCGACUUAUGGACGUCAUCCGAAGAAGGCUGUGAGGUACUGUACCACCAGCUUGGUGACGGUGAUCGCCACUUGGUACUGCCCAAACAGCUGCUCCCAUCUCAACUCCAAAGUGGCAGUGCAAGAUCUCCCGUCUCUCUUGUUCAGCUCUUAGAGCCCAAAGUAAGAGUUGUCCCCGGACAAACGUCGUCGUUUGCGACAUUGGAGCACUUAGAGUCGUGGCCACGGGACAGCACGCACAAGUGCUCGUCAACGGUGGAUACGUAUCUCCAGUACGUCGACAGCAACCAUUUCUACAUGAAUGGCAAUCUGGUGGAUACGAUGACAGCAUCUGCGCUGCUGUUUAUUUUCCAAAACGCUCGAGUAUUGGAUCACGCACCAGGCAUGGACAUCAUGAUGACACAAAGACGACUUGUUGAUACCUCACAACGACGGGUAAAGGUUUUUUUGACAAAUACCAAGGUAGGCAACGUGUGUACGUGGACGGGGUGUGGCGUGCUGUUGCUCUUGACAGUCUUGGUCCUCGUGUUGCCCAACGAGCGGGCUCGACUUUCACCACCGCGUGGAGGCAAUGCACGUGCUGAGAGAUUCGUGGCAGUGCAGACGGAACAGAUUUACCCCAAUCUAAUCUAUAAGAAGCGCUUCCUGAUCGGCAAGACUGGUGAGGAGAUCAAAUUCGGCGAGUUUGCCGUCGAGUCGGUCGGACUGCACCACAAGAUGGAAGAAGACGAGCAGAUCUACAUUUGA